AUGUUAUCCUCUCGCUUUUCACGCGGUGCAAGUUUGUUCGACCGUGGAGUUCGUUCCAAGGUUUUCCCAACUUCAAAUGUCGCUUUUAUCACUAGUUGGGCACAUAUCCCUCAAGGUCCACCUGAUGCAAUCCUUGGCGUUACCGAGGCCUUCAAAAAAGAUUCUCAUCCCAAGAAAAUGAACUUGGGUGUCGGUGCUUAUCGCGAUGACGCCGGGAAACCCUAUGUAUUGAAUGCUGUUCAAAAGGCGGAAAAAAAGAUUGUUGAAGAUAAACUAAACAAGGAAUACCUCCCCAUCACUGGUCUUCCAUCUUUUACCAAAGAAGCCGCAACUUUGGCCUACGGUGCUGAUUCCGAGCCACUGCAAGAGGGGAGGAUAGCAAUCACACAAUCGAUUUCGGGCACAGGUGGGCUUAGGAUUGCCGGUGAAUUUUUGAGUAGAUUUUAUCCCCAUAAUAAGAAAAUAUAUUUGCCAAUACCGACGUGGGGUAAUCACAACGCCGUAUUUAAAAGUUCUGGACUUGAAACUGAACAAUAUAGAUAUUUUAAGAAGUCAACGAACGGAUUAGAUUUCGAGGGUUUCCUUGAGGACAUCCAGAAUGCACCCAGGAAUUCGAUCUUUAUGAUACACGCUUGUGCGCAUAAUCCUACCGGUGUAGACCCUACACCUGCACAAUGGGAUGAACUUUCUAAAGUUAUCAAAGGACGUGGACACUUUCCGCUUUUUGAUAUGGCUUACCAAGGAUUCGCAUCAGGAGACACGAAUCACGAUGCAUAUGCUAUAAGAAAGUUUGUCGCUGAUGGGCACAGAAUAGCAUUGACACAAUCAUUUGCUAAGAACAUGGGAUUGUACGGCGAGCGUGUUGGAACUUUCUCGAUAAUCUCCGAGAGCUUGAAAGAGAAGGCGGCAAUAGAAUCACAGAUCAAGUUGAUCAUUCGACCAAUGUACUCUAAUCCUCCGAUCAAUGGAGCCCGGAUUGUAAGUUAUGUACUCUCCGAUCCAGCACUAUAUAAAGAAUGGCUUGGCGAGGUUAAGCUCAUGGCCGAUCGCAUAAUUACGAUGCGCAACAAACUGAAGUAUCACUUGGUUGAAGAUUUUGGCUCUAAAUAUUCUUGGGAUCAUAUAACAAAUCAAAUUGGGAUGUUUUGUUAUAGCGGCUUGAAUCCAGAACAGGUCGACCGUCUCAUUAAAGAAUAUCACGUAUACCUUACAAAAGAUGGUCGUAUUUCAAUUGCCGGCAUUUCAUCUUCCAAUGUCAAAUAUCUUGCCGAAGCGAUUCACGAGGUGACCAGAUGA